AUGACUCCCCAGACCGCGUAUCACGAAAAGGAGCAGGAGCUGGCCCACGCGACACGCACGCCCAACUCAGCCGCUCGCGCUGCGGUACACUACAAGAAACGAGCCGAUCUGUUCGAAGCGCAGGUCCUCUCGCUACAGCUCCGUAUCGCGGAGCUCGAGCGCACUCUCGCAGCCGUCCAACGCCAAGCCCACGACAACGCCAAACUCCUCGACAUACGUACCACCGAGCUUCACGCCGCAGAGUCCUUCCUCUCCUCCGCCGGCGAUCUCCCUGAGAGCGAUGUUCUCGACCUCGUCAAAAACAUCAAUACCCAGAUCUUCCAGAUCUCGACCACCAUUGCAGAUACAUACCAAGACCGCUAUAGUGCAGACCGGGACGACAUAAAGAGUGCAACCAUCUGGCUGAAGAAAUUCUUCGGCUCCAUCGAUAUCGUCGGUCCCUUGCGAGAUGCGGUGUCCAGCCCUGACGACGCCCCCUUCUUCGUGCAAAUCGCGCUCCAAGGCUUCAUGGUCUCGUUAGUGCACGUCAUCUGCGGCACCUGGGACUUUACCACGAACAGCCAGCUUCAAGACUCCUUGUCACGGCUGCAGAAGAGCAUCGCCGCAGCCGAACCGCAGUCCGUCUCCGGGCGUUGGCGCGCCCUGUGCCGGUCGCACAUCCGCAUGCUUAUGGAUGCGGACACCAAGGUGGUCCCCCGGGCGGAGAAGGAGAUGGUGGAGGGAGUGUCGGCCGUCCUGUGGGCGUUCGGCGUCCACGACGGCGCGAUCGAAGAGCUCUGCGAUCUGGUGUCCGCCGCGCACACUCCAGCGCUGCGCGACAUUGUGCUCCAGGCACUCGAAUUCCGCCGCGCGGCGGGGGAGAGGGUCGUCUCGUGCGACUUGGAGGUCGUCCUUUGUCGAUGCGGCCUACAGUUCGACGACACGCUGAUGGACGACGAGUGGGCGGAUCCCAAGGCAUCACGGAGACGGAAGUUGGGGAAUCAGCAAGUGCUGUGCACGACGGCGCUGGGUCUAGUCCGACAGAACGAGGUGAAGGGAGCGAAGGACGGGGAGGAGGAUAGCGGGCACGACAACGGCGACGGCUGCAGGAGAAGGUGCACGAUACUGUUGAAGCCCAAGGUUACGCUAUCGUCGGUGUUGAAAAGGGCGUAG